AUGGGCAGUAGAGAAAGAGUACUUUAUUGGCCAGAAACCUAUCUUCGACACUCAGAGUUGGGAAGAGGUGUUAGUGGUGUUGUAUACAAGGCUGCUCAAAAAGAGACAAACCAAAUAGUUGCUAUUAAAUUGGUUGAUCUAAAUCAAAACAGAUCUUCUUGGGAACAAGUACAGGGAGAAAUCAAUGCAUUAUUAGCAUUAAACUCACCAAAACAACAUCAGAAUAUUAUAAAGUUGAUUGAAUGUUUUAGACAUAAAACAACAGCAAUCUUUGUUUUAGAGUAUAUAGAUGGAGGAACACUUGAAGAUUUUAUGUACACAUUUGAUGAAGGACUACCAAUUCCUCUUGUAUCUCACAUUGUCUACCAAGUAAUAAGCGCAAUCGAAUUUAUGAACAAAAACAAAUGUUCUCAUCGUGACAUCAAACCAGCCAAUAUAUUGCUCAUGAGCAAUAGAAAAAAGGUUGAUAUCUCUUCUCAAACUUGUGGUGACGAUGAAAAUGAAGGAAAUCAAAACUUUAGUACCUUGCCUGCGUCAUCUCAACAAAUGCAACAACAACAACAAUCAACUACUACCUAUUGCUACAGACAAGAUGAUUUACCUGUUAUUAAAAUUACCGAUUAUGGUUAUGCUUCCAUCAACAAAAAUGAUAAUGAUAUGCAUUCUACCCUUGCUGGUUCCCCUUUAUAUAUGCCACCAGAAGUUAUUCAUAUUAUUCUCUCUCCAAAUCUCGAGAGAAGCAAAGGAAAGAUUGUAAAUGACACUAAUAAUGAAGGAUAUAACCCAUUGUUGGUAGAUGUUUGGGCUAUUGGUGCUGUAACUUUUAGACUAAUAACUGGUAGAGAAUUGAUCAAUGAAAUAUUCCCCAACUUGAACCAAACAACAGUAUUGGCUGCCCUAGUCAACUUGGCCAAGAUGGUUGAUACCGAUGAAUUCCAGAAAGGACUUGACCUCAUUCCUCAAAAAAUGAAAGAAUAUGGUGUUCAAGAUGAAGAUUCUAUUAAUUUUAUCGUGGCGCUACUCAAGCUUGAUCCAAAAGAAAGAUUGCCUUUGCAUGAUACUCUCAAUCAUCCAUUCUUGCAGAUUGGUAGAAAAUCUUUUGACGAAACAAUUAUAAACUAUAACCAAACGUCAACAAGUUCAAGCUUACCAUCCGACAUUAAUGAAUUAACCAGAGUUGAUAGUAGUGUUACAAAAGAUAAUAAUAAUAAUAUCAAGGAGGAAAUAACCACCACAACCACCUCUACCCAACAACAACAACAACAACAACAGGAUCAAUCCUCACAACCGUCAUUAUCUCAAGAAAAUUCUACACCCAAAUCUACCAAAACUGAUGAUACAUCUGAUACACCCACUACGACCCCUGUUAUUACUACAACAACAACAACAACAACUUCAACCAUCACCUCUAGUUUAACACCUCAAACAAAAAACUCACCACCAUGGAGCUUCCAAAAACCAUCAACAUCACUUUUACCAUCUAUUAUUUUAUCACCACAAAGAAAACUAAACACUAUUAAACUUUUGCCAUCAAUGUUGCCAAAUCCAGGACCAGAGGCUCCAGCCCAAGACACAAUGAUAUGGCGAAAUCCCCCCCAACCAUGUGCUGGUGGCAUUUGGACAACUAUCAUCCAAGACCCAAUUUUCCAUGUUCAAUAUGGCGUUUUAACGUCAAUCAUCAACACCUUUUCAUCCAACAACACAAACUAUGAAUACAGAAUCAUAACACAAACCAAAUCACCUGUUGAGAUUGCAGUCUCUAAUUACAAGGAAAGCAUACUCUACAUGUACAACAUUGUAAAGACUGUAGUCACACCUCAACUCAUUUCGCUCUCGUCAAACUCUAAUGAUUCCUCAAUUCUCAGGGCCUUGUGCACCAUUCUACAACAAUUGGACCAAGAACAAGAAGUUUUAUCUUUUUCCUCUGGUUGGACUGUCCUAUUAUAA